AUGGAGCUCCCCAACUGCCAGGUGCUUCUCGCUGGCUUUCUAAUAUCCAGUGUGAUAUACUGGAACGCGUACUUUGUCGUUGAUUACCUCCUCAGGAAGCUCGCACCAAACGCCUACCGCCGGUUAGAAGAAGACGAACUUCGUAAGCUCGUUCCUCUGAUAUUCGCAAUCCUUCGGGCAUUCUUUGGCCUCACGGUCACUUUCCCAUCGUGUGUGGUGGCUGCCGUGACAACACCUUGGGGCGUCGAUCAACCCCUGAACUCCCAUGGUCAAUUCUGCGUGGUAUCGCAAGCCGCUGGAUGGGCCAACGAACUGGCCUUGAUACGAUUCUACUCUUUUGAACUCUUCGUCCAUCACAUCAUCUGCCUUCUUGUUACAUCAAACAUUAUCUUCGCUCCAGCGGUACACCAGAUCAAGCCUUUGUACAUCUACUAUGCAUCACUGGUAGGAGAUGUCGGACCAGUCUCUGUGACCAUCCUCCGAUUACUCGGCUACCGCUUACAAACAUCCAAGCCAAUGUACUGGAUUUCUCUUGCAUCGACCAUGAUUCUGAUCUUUGGCCGUAUCGGAUGCGCUUUGUACACUCUCACCCAGGUGAUGACAGACCCUUCUAACCUCACCGACUGGGUAUGGGUUCUAUCAGUUCUACUCUUUGGCUCCUACUCGAUCUACAAUGCGAUCCGUAACUUGCAGCGACUCGAAAUCAUCAAAGUCGAUCCUCGUCGGUACAGAGUCACGUACUUCAACCAAUUCAACAUCCCCAUCGCAAACAUGUAUCUGGCCCUCGCUUGCAGCGUUUCAUUGCUGUCGACUUUAUUCCUAUACGGAAUCUACCUCGAUCGACCUUUGAGGAUGGGAGAAACACACCUCAUCUCCUUGCAUGGACUCAUCGCAGUGGCCUUCGGGCUGACCGGGGCCCUUUUACUGAAAAUGACACGCAUCAGCAACCUCUCGGACCCAUGGGGGAAGUUGUACGUCCCAUCUGGCGUCUUGAUCGCUGGCCACUGGACUAAGCUCAUCACACGUCAUACCACCUAUGUUGACCGCGAUACACUCUUGGCAUCGAUGGGUAUCAGCAUUCCUCUUUUCUUCACAUUCUCUCGAGUGGCCCAAUACUACGCAGUCAAGGAUGCCCUAGUAAUAUCUGACGAGAAGCGCCCUGUGGAUAGUAGAUACAAAAGACUACAUCUAGAGUCUGUCAUCGAACAGGCCACGAUAUUCCUCUUGACAUUGUGCUUCUCGACUAUUCAUGGUGCAAGCCCAUCGGACACGGCACGCCUGGCAAUUUGUGCUUCUCUGAUACUACAGCUCAGAUACCCAGGAGAAGACCCUGCGACUGUUGAAAAUGUGGACGAAACGAUAAGCACUUUGCUCUGUCCGACCAAGCUGGUUACAUCUAGGCUUCUCAUCAUUUCCAUGACAGGAUGGUACGCUGGAAACACAAAUGACCCUAUGAAUGUUAUAUCGCCUCGUAUAACUCUUGGUGCGAUUGUUUCCAUGGCUUUCCUCAUAUCAAAACCGCUGGUCACAUCUACGCCACGUCAAAAGAAUUUGGCACCUCGCAAGUCCAGGAGAACCCACACCAUGGCGCUCCUCUAUGUCUUCUUCGGUACCUUGCAGGUUAUUAUGGUUUGGAAGUAUGCUACCUUCGAAGAGGGCACAUCAAAAGCCAGUCUUGGAUUCAAGAACUUCCGUUCUGUUCUAUCAGAUCCAUUCACUUGGGUGGGCCUUUUGCACAUGGCUUCAUUACCUAUUGUUGUUCUCAGGGGGGCCAUGUAG